AGGAAAACGCGAGGCGAUAGGACCGCGCAGCAGUCCGACUAGACUGACUUAGAUUCAGUGUUUGUCUGCCUUUAGUCGUGAGAGGGUAGAGGCAGUGCGGCUCCUGGGAAAAGGCUGACACCCUUUACUAAAUACUGCACAAUGGUGUUCACAAGAUUGUUGCUGGUGAUUUGUUGUCUUGCAUGGGGAAGUGCCAGUAAUAACACAUGCCCUCCAGCCUUCUUGAACCGAUGCAAUUGUGGCAUGGCAUACAGUAGGUAUGGUUUUCCAAAUCAAAUGAAGUACACUGUCAACUGCACCAAUUCAGGCUUCACAUCUGCAACAAUGCUACAGUCUCUCCCAAGCAGAACUGAAGUUCUCAUCUUCACUGGAAACAUAAUCCCAACACUACCAAUAAAUCUGUUUAACAAGACUGAAUUCUUUGAUGAUCUGGACACCAUUGAUUUGUCCGGUAACCACAUUCGCUUUAUUCAGGGCAAGACUUUCCACAGGGUGUCUGCAGUUAAGACUCUCAUUCUAAACCACAAUGACCUGGAGAUCACUGAUGAAAAGGAGAGACCAAGAUUGUUCAGCAACUUUGAUGAGCUGGAGCACCUACACUUGACCAAUGCUUUCUCAGAAAAGAUCAAUUCCACAGACUACCUGCUGAGCUUGGAGGAUAUUUUCUAUGAAAGUAGACUGGAUUCUCUGAAGACUUUGCAUCUGGAGCAAAAUGAAAUUUGGUCUAUUGGGAACAACACCAGAGUGUUCUGCCAGCUACCAAAGUUGGAGCAGCUUCUGCUCACUGAUAACAGACUGAGGGAUUUUGACUUCAGAAUAGACUGUUUGCAUUCACUGCGAUACAUCAACUUGGAAAGAAAUAUGAUUACCAGGUUCUCUGAUGAUGCAAUGAAGAGACUAGAUAAGUAUACAGAAAUCAGAUCUCCUCGCAAGAUUAAGAUAAGGAUGCGGCAAAAUAAUAUGGUAUGUGACUGUCGCUCAAAACAUUUUAUAGAAUGGUUGAACAAAACGAAUGCUGAUAUUGAGGACUGGAGAGACUUCAAGUGUAAUGAUGGAUACCCAAGUUCCAAUGUUGGGAAGACUUUAAAAGAGGUUCAUGAGCUGCGGUGUCCUUAUGACACGUCUGGCAACAUGAGGGCCAUGGAUCCCUUGAGUCAUGCAGGUCACUUUCAUGGAUAUUCCUCAGCUACCAUUGGUGCUCUAUCCUUCCUGCUAGUGUUCACCACGUCCUUGUUGCUUGCUGUUGCCUACUUUCAUAAGCAAAAGUUAAAGAGCAUAUUUGUGCCGUACUGGGACUUCAUUACCAGGAAGAUUGGUUACACAGGACUUAACCAUGAUGAAGCCCCACAGGAGUUUGAAGCAAAUGGAAGAGGAAGCAAAGGUACAGCUCCCUCUCAGCCUACCACAGUAGUGUGAGCUGGUGAGUGUCUACUCUGCCCUCACCUUCUUGUUCUCUGUCCAGCUGCUGGGCAUUGGUCAAGAAGGUAAAGUCACUUGUAUAGGAAUAACCAUCAUGUUAUGCAUUUUUAGUCUUAUAGAUGCGACCCUAAAAUACAGGAUAGAAAUUUUUUUUAAAUUAGAAGUUGAAAAAUUACAAAUACAUAUUUGUUUCAUACUUUGUUCUAAGUGAUAUCUUAUUUUAUUCAUUUACUUCUUUUAUAUCCUAUUUAUUCAUUUAUUUGUUUAUUUAUAUUUUUAUUUAUUUUCUUUUGAAAUGAUGGAAGGGGAGAAGAGAAAAGUGAAAGACAAGAGCCUGUUUAAAAUUUAAUUAAUAACUAUCACUACAAAAAGUUGGACUGAUGCAAGUGAGAUUAAAAUUUGUGUUGGGCAGAUAUUGCUAAAAAGAAGUUAUACAUAUAAUGGUACAAAGUUCAAGAUCAGAAGAAUAAUAUCCAUAAAGAAAAAUAUAUUGAUUAAUGAAAAGAGAAGCAAUGGAAGAUUACAGAAAAUUCUGAGAUUUAAGAUUUGAAAUGAUGGAUAAAAGGAUGAGAGUUAGUGGUGUCCUUGACUUUAUCCUGAUAGAUAAUGUAUAAAUUGACCCUUGCAGUCAUGAGAAGCAUCUAUCAUAUAGAAACAAAGUAUAAAGUCACUUAAGUUUAGGUGAAAAAACUUGUGAUGUUUGUUCUCUCCCAGAAGUUAGGAUGGGAUGGGGUAUCCUGCAUCAUACCAUAUGCUAUCUUUUGUAUUCUUUCUGUGUGUUCUAUUGUGCUCAUGAUCCCUUGUUCUGCCAUAAUUUUUUUGUUAGAAAGUCGCCCCUGUCCAUAUUUUGAAUCACCCUAACUGCCUUAAACCUCUUAAUAAAGUACCAAGUCAACUUUUUCUAUCUACCCAUAUAUUUUUAGCUAACCUUUAUUCAGUUUAUCUUUCCACCCUGCACUCACCUACAAGUGCUUUCUGGUCUUCUCUUGAUCUGUGUCUUUGUGCAGAAACAAGCCUCUCCCUUCUCUCUUAUCAUUGUAGCUUUCUUUGCAUCAAAACCUACUCUCAUUUCCUUAAAUAUCCAUCUCAUAAAUUGUUUAAUUUUUCAUAAAUUGUUCAAAACUAUUUUGCUCUUGCCUACUUCUUUUGCUCUUCCUUUAAAAUUCAGUGUUUUUUGCUUCUGUCACUCUGAGCAGUUGUGGCAACAUGAACAGCAUUUGUCAUUCAUUAUUGAUAUUAUCAAGGGAAACUUUGAUUUUAUCUAUUAUAUUUUAAGGAGUCCAAGAUCCCAUUUUAGUGACGUGACUAGCUGGUGGUGCAGUCCUCACACUCACAUCCCAUCAGUGCAUCUUGUUGCUCCUUCACCAGCAUGAUACUCAUUUAUUUAAGGUACACACAUUCCAUGGGCAAUAUUUUUAACUCCACAUUACUCUCCACACUGAACUUUUCCAGGACAGAGCAGAUACAACUGAUCUUCCUCUCACCCUUGUGCAGCUCUGCCAAUUAAACUUCUUGCUUCCCUGUAAUAUUGCCCUCCAGUAUCACUACAAGGUGCUUCUGAUGGUCUUCACUCUUUCAUGCAGCAACAGCUUUCUUUGUCAUUUCAUUGAAGUCCAUCUGAGGCUUAAAUGACAUUGCUCUAACUGAGAAGAGUUGAUUGAUGACAUUGUGCUAUUUUGUAAUUGCUGCCAAUAUGCUGAGCUGAGGCUGAGGAGGUAUUGUAUGACAGGGAAGCACACACUCAUUGCUGACAUCAUCCUAAGGCACAGCAGGGCUGCCAUUGCUAGCAUGCUGAGGUGUGGGCUGAGGGAGCUGUUUGUAAUGGGAAGGUGCAUGCAUGCCCUUCAUCACUAAGCAGUCUGUGCAACAAGAAGGCAUAAAGUGGAUGGGAUCACAUAUGCAUAUUAACUUUAUAUUUUUUUUUAUUUUGCUAUUGCAUAUUUACUAUUACUGUAUUAUCAUUAUUAUCUAUUAUUUCAGUUAUCUAUUUAUUUCUUAAUUUAAGUAUUUAUUUAUUUAUUUUAUUAUUAUUUUUAUUUAUUUAUUUUAUUUAUUAUAUUUUUUCAAAUCCAUGGCACCUUUGGAAGCAUGCAUUUUGUCAUGCUUUCAUAUGAGAGAGGCUGGUGGCAAACUAAGAAUUCAUGCCAAGUUAAUUUUUCACAGCAAUGUGUGGCCCAAAAGAAAGUGGCUUUAACUCACUGAACAAAGCCAUUACAUUCAUUAUUUUCUAACAUUGUAUUUUAUGUAUGAUUGCUACAUAUGGGUGGCCAGGACAUCUUAUAGGAAGAUAGAUGCAUUUUUUAAUAGGAUACAACAAAAAUUUAAAGAUUUUUUGUAAUUCACAAGCUAUUGAAUCCUCAUGAAAGUUAUAGUACUGGUGGAUUUUUUUUUUUUUUUUUUUUUUUAAGAAAAUACACAAUGUUAACCUGUAAUUAUUUACUACGUGUAAACUAAUAAGUAAUGGAAAAAAAUGUAUGUGAAAUUUCAAUAAUAUUUUUGUAUACCAUUUUUUUGUAUUGUUUAUGUAUAAAUGUUUAAUAUAUUGUCAUGAAUAGUUUAAUAUGCUGUUUGUUCCAAUAAAAAAGCAGUCACACUAAUGCAUAUUUUGGUGAUUAUGUGCUAGAUUGUACUUAUGAGAGUGUAUGUGAAAGUUAAUACUUUCUGAGAAUAAGUAUGUUUGGUGCCAAAAUGCUUACUUUAAUGUUAAUAAAUUGUUUUGCUUCUUUA